AUGUCGGGCUUGGCCCUCAGUGUUCAGAAAACAACUUUCUUCUCUUCUGGACUUUCAGAUGCAGAAGCUAUGUCUAUUAGUAAGUCUAGGGGCAUAGCUAGAGGCUUAUUACCGGUUAGAUAUUUGGGUGUUUCUCUUUGCACAAAGAAGUUAGACAUUAUUCAGUGUGAACCACUGCUUCAGAGGAUUAAGACUAGAAUGACUACCUGGGCCAGUAAAACACUCUCCUAUGCCGGUAGGCUCCAGAUCCUCACCUCUGUUAUUGCUGGGAUCUCAGGCUUUUGGUGUAGCACCUUUCUCCUGCCUAAAGAAUGCAUAGACAAAAUUAACUCUCUUUGUGGUGAUCGAUUGAGCGACCUAGGACUGCUAGAGUUGCUUGGUCCUCUGUAA